UGUUUGAAAAUUCGGGUGAAAAAGUUGUAGAACUUUGCAGAUUUUCCUGGAGUUUCCAAGAACAGUGCCUGGCAGAGCAUUCUUUUAUCUUCCAGUGUAUGUUGUACAUCAUACCGACGAGUGAAAGUAACUUAGGAUCGUGUCCCUUUUUCUUCUGCAAGUACAGAUCAACCAUGGAGCAUGUCUCCUUCAGAGAUGUGGAAGGUAGUACUAACCAAAGCACAAAAAGUCAGGUUGCUGGAUCUGCUCAUUUAGAGCUGGAUACAGUAGAAGGUUCAAAAGAGAAACAAGGUGGCCAAAGAGAUAAUCCGCAAGUCUCCAGAGCAGAGAAUGAAGUUGGGCAAAAUAUAAAGGAGGAUAUACCUACGGCAUAUACAGAAACUCCAGGGGAAGUAAACAUGGAGGCUUCUAUUUCAGCUGAAGAUGUUAUGCAGGCAGGGGGCUUUGGAGCUAGAGAUGAUAUAAAUAGUUUCCUUCCUGUUGCAAGUGACUUCACUGACUUUGAAGCUUCUAUUCUUGAUGCCCGUAUAUAUGAAGAACCACAGAAAGAGACCAGCAGACCUGGCCUGGGCUGGACGGAAUCUCAGAAGUAAUUCUCUAGCUGUGGCAUGUCAUAUGGAGUUACUGUGGUGCUUACUCUCCUACACCUGACCUAGUUCCUGGUGAUUACUUGUGUACAUGGUGUUCAUGCAACCCUGACCCGCUUUCUCUUCAAACAUCUUAUUUGCUUUCUAGCAACAAUGAAUUUAUCGUUAUGGUUGGAAAAGAUAUACUAAUCAUUCAGAAAAAUGCUUUUAUGUCCACACUUGUUUCUCAGUCUGUUUUGGUCUCAUCUGGGUCUCCUUUUUGUAAUGUGCUAGAGCGCAUAGGCUCCCUUUUUCUUUUUCUUUUUUUUUGUUAGGGGAAUCUAAUUUAGCUUGGGGUUCAUGCUCAGAUGUUAUCUGUGCUUUGAUGCGCUCUUUAUUAAUACAAGGUAGAUAGUCACUGCUCCUUUGCUGA